UUGGAUCUCUUUUGGUACACUCACCUCUGGAAACCUCAGCUUCUUUGCCACCCAUAUUCUGCCAACAACAUCGUCACAUGUCUUUGUUUGUAGUGACCACAUUAAAAAUUUCAACUCUCUUAUUGCUGCUGGUCCUACCACUACACACUCACGGGUUCCUUCUAUGCAGACACCACACACUUUCUCACUAUAAAAUAUUGUCCCUCUUCCCUUCCCAAUCCCAAUCAUCAAACAAUUCCAAAUGCUUUAAUUUCUUAGAACCUUCUUCUUCUUCUUCUUCUUCUUCACUCUUCUCUUUUUCAUCCAUGGAUCACUUUCUCAUUCUUCUUCUUUUUCUAACAUCUCUCUUCGCUUCCCCCGUCCUUCUCAUUGCUCAAACCCCAACUCCAAUUAUCUCUCAUAUCACUGUAGUAGGCGCUGUUUAUUGUGAUACCUGCUCCACCACUACUUUUUCUAAACAGAGCUACUUCUUGCAAGGUGUAGAAGUUCACAUACAGUGCAGAUUUAGAGCUACCUCACCAAAAACUAACGAGCAGAUAAGCUUCUCGGUGAACAGAACCACAGACCAAAAUGGAGUUUACAAGUUGGAGAUACCAUCGGUGGAUGGAGUUAACUGCAUGGAUGGUUCAGCAAUUGUGUCUCUGUGCCAAGCAUCUUUGAUAAGUAGUUCCACUUCCACUUGCAAUGUUCCCAUGCUCAAGAGCACAACACGCGAGAUAUCAGUGAAAUCAAAACAAGACAACAUGUGUGUGUACACCUUGAGUGGUCUCAGUUUCAAGCCACCUCAAAAGAACAGUACCUUGUGUGGACAUCAGAAUGAGAAACUGUCAUCGGAAAAAUCUCUGAACCCCUCUGAGUUCUUCUUCCCUUGGCCGCCGCAGCUACCACCUUUUCCAUCCUUUCCUUUUCCUCCAUUGCCAUUUCCAACCUCACCACCAAUCCCAUAUCUGCCUUUCCCUUUCCCACAAUAUCCACCAACCCCAUCUGCAUUUUCUCCACCUGCAUUCAAUUUAGGGGAUCCUUCCACUUGGAUCCCUCAUAUUCUUCCCUCACCUCCUCCUAAUAUACCAUAACAUUGUUGGAUAGAAAUGAGAAACAAAAACAUUAAGAUGAAAGACCAGGUUUUUGACAGAGAAUGGUAUCAAUCUUCUUCGAUUUACCGAGAUACCAAACUCCUUAGAACUUUCUACCUUUUUAUUUUCUUUAUUUAUUUCUGUAUGGAAACAUGUGAUUCGGCGGUCAACAAGAACAUGAUAUACAAACUACAGUGGAAUUCGGUAAUUAAACUUUAUUGGGUGGUAAUGCAACCAUCGUCUGUGUUAUCUUGUCCGGCUCACGUGUAUGCUGUGCUGUUCACUCAAAAGUGAAGCAUGUCACAGCGAGAAUAAUAUGUGGACUGAUGAUCACAGAAAAAGGGACCAUAAGAUUUUACUUCAAUCAAGACAUGUUGGUUCCUGGUGUAGCAACUUGAUAUCCUGUUUUGUUUAAUUAAUUUAUGUAAAGAUAUAAUGUCAUGGUUAAUUCUUGAAAAUUUUCGUUUCAGUAACAGAAAAACAAAAAUCGAGGAGUUUGUGUUUUU